UUGACGCUUUGGUUUCAAAUACAUAGUUUUUUUUAAAUAUACCUACAUUUUAAUUGAAAUUAAUUAUAACUUUAUAUGUGUACCGUAUCUACCAUUUUCUUUAUUGUAAUCAAACGUAGCUAUGGAGGGUGUCACCUGUGGUUUUUGUGUGCUCAUUAAAGACAGUCUGAUUCGAGGUGGUUAAUUUAGUAAUUUGUGUGAAUUCACUGGGUUUAACGUUAUUGACUUUACUAGUAUUUUACUGUUAUUACUGCUUUUAGUAGUCACCAUCAUUUGAUCUAUAAUGGAAAGAAUAUCAAGAUACCAAUUACAACUAGAUUCAAUGGACUUGAAUUACUUACCCAUAUCCUCUUCUAGAGAUUUUACCAAAACAGCUCCUAUAUGGAGUUUUGGAUCUGAUAGUAAUGAGUACUUUGAAUUUGAAAUCCGUAAAAAAGUUGAUGACAAUAUCCAAGAUUCUACUAUAACAGCAACAUGUUACAUUUGUGAUAUAGAAGUUCCAAAAUUAUUUUUUAAAGACCACUGUAAAAGUAAAAGACAUUACAUUAAUAAAUGCAUAGCAGAAACAGCAUUAGAUCGUAUGAAAAAACAUUUACAAAACAAAGACUGUGAAAUUACCAAUGAUGUAUCUGAUACAUACUUCUGUCCUGAAUGUAUUGUAACUGUCUCACAAAAGGACCAAAAGACACAUGAAAAGCUUCAAUCCCAUAAAUAUUUAGCUAUGUUUGACACAUUAUUUGAAAACCUUUACAAAAUAUAUGCAAAUGAAAGUGAUAUAAAAAAUACAGAACAUGAAGCAGAUAUAUCACAUAUAACAGAUACAUUCAAAAGUGAUAGCAUUAAGCUGGACUUCGAUUCUAAUGAUUCAAUGGAAUAUAAGACAGGGAAUAUUUAUAAUAAAAGACUGCCUGAUGAGCCUAAUGUGAGUUUAGAUCAUUUAAAAUUAAACAGAUAUUCAAUUUUGGAGCUAAAAGGAUUGGAUGUUGACUUGGAUUCUUCUGACACAUCACAUAUAGGUAAAACAAAUGAUGUUUUAAAAAGUAAAGAAAUUGUUUCUGAAGAAAGUAAAUCUAAAUCAAAUUUUACAUCUAUUCCAUUUGACAAAGAUUCAGUUGUAAACAAAGAGGUUUCAGAUUACAUUUCUGAAGAUGGUGAUAACUUUAAUUGUAAUGUAUGUUAUUCAACUUUUAAUAAAAAUGCAUUAAACUCACACAUAAAUGGAUCAAGACAUAAAAUGAACAUGGUAUCUAGUGUACAUUAUAUGAUGAAGGAAUCUGGAAAUGAUUUGUACUGCAUUGUUUGUUGCAAUAUUUUAGAAAAUUCAGUUAAAUCAGCAAGGGAACACUGCAAGGGAGCAAACCAUACAAUGCUGUAUAAAAAGAUUCUGAAAGAAAAUGGAAUCAGACUCACUAGAUCUCGAAUUUAUUGUGAACUUUGUGACAAAACUAUUAAUAGAAGAAAUGAAUUUGUCCAUAUUUUUGGUUGUAAGCAACAUCAUAAAAAAAGGUCUAAUAGCUCCCUUUGCAGUGUUUGUGAUAUAAUAAUACCAAACAAUGAAGUCAAAAAUCAUGAACAUUCUGAUUUUCAUAAAACUAGGCUAGAGUGUAAACAGGACAAAUUUAUAAAUGGUAUUAAUAAAGCCAUAAAUAAUAUAAUAAGAAAUGAUGAAACUAUGGAAGACACUUCUUCAAAUGAAACUAAGAUUGAGCCUUACUUCUGUGUGAUAUGUCUCGUAAAUGUGCCCAACUCUGCUAAAAAUAUAGAGAUGCACAAUAAUGGAGCUUCACAUAGAAAGAAGGCUCAACAGUAUUCAGAAAUAAUAGUUGUUCCGGAAUCUUCUGUGAAUAGUGAAGUAAAUGAAGCCAACAGUUUAUACUAUUGUGACAUCUGUCAAUGCAGCUUACUUAAUAACAUCAACAUGAUAGUCCAACAUAAUACUGGAGCAUCUCAUUUAAAGAAGUUAAAAAAAAUUAAUGAUUCGUUAGAUACAACAAAAGAACUGCCAACCUCAAAACAAGGAGAGAAGAAAGCCGAAAUUGUUUGUAAAGUGUGCAAAGUGAGACUUCCUAAUACCAAAAAAAAUAUAAGUGAACAUGGCAAAGGUAAAGUACAUUUGAACAAUUAUAAACUUACUUUAGAAUCAGAAAAUAUAGUUUCUGAUGACAACAAACAUUACUGUCAGGCAUGUAAUAUAUAUAUUAUAGAGAAUCCUUUAAAACAUAUUGAAGAAAAAAGUCAUAAAAACAAAAAUAAACUACUAAUAAAAAAUCUUUCAUUUAAAAAAACACUUAAUGGAGACGAGACCACAAACCAACUGUCAGUUACUGAGACACAUGUUGCAGAAGAAUCAAUAUUGGUUAAAACUGAUUCAACAAUGGACCUAAACUGUUCUGCAUCUGGUGUAAAAACGCAGGACCUAAUUCCAUUGGUGUCGGGUUAUAAUAUGUACAAUGAAAAUCUUUCUGACCCUCAAAAGAUAGAUUCAUGCCCAAGCCACACAGAUUCUGACAAAAUUACAGUUCUCCCAGAUCAUGACAGUAAAUCUCCAUUAAAAAUCAAAGAAAGUAAUACUAAAAUUCCAAGCUCUUUAAAAGAAAAGCCAAAUGUUGUGAAAGAUGAUGAAAAGUUAUUAAAAAAUGAAUGGAUUACUAUACUUGAUGGAGAAUAUUAUUGCAAAAUAUGUAGUACUUCUUUGCAAAAUGUUAAAAAGCAUAUAAGUGAAAGAAUGCACCAAUAUCUGCAUCCAAGAUUUCCAUAUUAAUUUUUCUUCAAAUAUAGAAAUCUUGUUAAUAUCCAUGACUGUGUGCAUGUCGCAGUAAAGUAGUUAAAUCAGAGCGUUAAUUGAAUCUCUAGACAGUUAAUUAAAAAUCGAUAUUUAAUCAAGUCGCUAAAGUUCUGUCAGACAAGUGAGUGAACGAAACGUUUGACGAGUUUCCUAAACGUUCCUAAGCAACAAGACUUAUGCUAGGUUGUUACCUAACCUAACCAUUUACAAUAAAACAAAACACACGUUUUCCAAGUUCUCAGUUCUUCACGAUCACACCGAAAUAACAAUAACAAAUGAAAUAAUCAAGGCGGAUUCGUUUUACCAUCUUGUUUCACAUUGAUAAUCAACACGCUGGCUUUCGGU